AUGGAGAGACCUGGUCCCUGGAUAAAGAAGAAGGUGCUACCUGCAUGGGCAAAGAGGGAUCUGAUUCAUCUGUUUUAUCAUGAUGGGGGACACAAAUUAGUUUGGGUCCCUAAGUCUGAUUCCUCUAGGACUCACAAGAGUCAGAUUUUCAAAAAAUUUGUAUCCUCUUCUAAAAAUUCUCCUUCCAAACCUACUGAGACUGUUGUGGAAGAUCUUCAAUACAUCGAGGACUUCGAAGAAAAUGAAGAAAAGGUUGAGGACACGGAGAUGCUGGAGAAAUCCUCCACAAUCAUGGAAGUUAGUUCCUUCAAACAGGGUGAAACAAUAUCUGAUGUUAUGGAGAAGGGAGUAGAGAGUGGGAUGUGUUGUGAUGAUGUUCCACUAGUGGAAAAACGCAAUAGUGGAAAGAAGUCAAAGGAGACUGGAGAAAAGAAGAGAACAAGGCUACUGAGAAAAAGGCUCGCUGACGAGGAAAUUGAUCUACUGGAGAAUAUCGUGGUUUCUGAAGUCGAGAGAGAGAAAGGGAAAAAUCCUACUCAAGAGAAAAUAAAUUCCAAGGAAAGAAGAAAUGAAAACGAGAAAGCAUCUGAAGAGAAGGAAAUCAAGGGAGUUAAGGAGGAUGAAAGGGAGGAGGAUGUACAAUCUAGAGAAAAGGGGAGAUCCUCAUCUUCUGGAAAAGGAAAAGCUCAGAGAAUUAGAACUGCAGAGGCAAGAGAAUCUGAGAAACGAAAAAGUGCUACUUGGGAGAGUGUUUGA